GCAAACAGCUUUCAAUGUUGCAAUACAACAGGCCAGACGGUUGGAGCAAACAUUUUGGGCAAACUUCAAUGGUGACAAGACGUGUUUAGAUGUUGGAUACAGCGACUAAAUUAAUAUUGAACUUGUUUGACAGUUUUCUAUGUCCUAUACAAUGUUUUUGUUGUUGUAGCUUAGCUAGUGAUCACAGUGUAGCAGUCCAAUUUCAACCUUCGCUCGUCGCACUCAAGGCGCUGACGCUUUGGUUCUUCAGACCUCGGUACUUUGUAUGAUGUUGGUUCAGACUCAUGGACGGGCCUGGAAUCAGGUCGGCUGCAGCUCUGGUCUCAGCCACCAGGAGGGGCUCUAGAGUAACAGGGGGAUCAGUACUACCUCCCUGCCCAAAACACUCUUCAAAAAUCUUCAGCCUGUCCUCACCUGUUCCCUUAACACUUAAACAGACACUUUUUUUUUUUCUAACCCCCCUCCACCCAAUUGUUUCUCCUGUUUUGACUUGAUUCCUCUCAGUCCCCUCACCUCUCACCUUCACCUAACACCUGGUGGUAGUUUUAUUGGAACUCCCUUCAGCAUAAACAUGAGGAAUCCCAGGCUGAAUAUGUUUUUGGUAGGUGUAAUCCUCUGUUCAGUGUCCCUCCUGUACUUGGGCCUGAGCGGCAUCGAAUGCCCACCCAAGAACAGUGGCCAUCGAUACAGCUGGGUAGACCCCCACCUGGGACACACCAACCAGAGCCAAGCGUUUCCCAUCUACUACGGAGAGGACACCCCCCUCAUUUUUAUUGGUGGAUUCCCCCGUAGUGGCACCACACUCAUGAGGGCCAUGCUGGAUGCCCACAAUGCAGUGCGGUGUGGGGAGGAGACACGCGUCAUACCCCGUCUACUAGCCAUGCGUGCCACCUGGAGUCGCUCGGCCAGGGAGAGGGUGCGAUUGGAUGAAGCUGGAGUCACCGAUCAGGUGUUGGACUCUGCCGUGCGGGCGUUCCUCUUGGAGGUGAUAGUUGGUCAUGGAGAGCCUGCCCUCCGUCUGUGCAACAAAGAUCCUUUUGCCCUGAAGUCUCUCUCCUAUCUCGCCAGCAUCUUCCCCAAAGCCAAAUUUGUACUGAUGCUACGAGACGGACGGGCAACUGUCCACUCCAUGAUCUCACGCAAGGUCACCAUCUCUGGUUUUGACCUCACCAGUUACAGGGACUGCCUGACAAAGUGGAGUCGUGCCGUAGAGGGCAUGUAUAGCCAGUGCCAGGGGGCGCCAGAGGGCAGCUGUCUACCCGUGCGCUACGAGCAGCUUGUGCUACACCCAGAGGAAGAGAUGAGGAAGCUGCUGCACUUCCUGGGGUUGCCAUGGGACCCAGCAGUGCUCCACCACGAGGAACUGAUUGGCAAAGCAGGAGGGGUGUCUUUGUCCAAGGUUGAGCGUUCGACAGACCAAGUGAUGAACCCUGUGAACACAGAUGCUCUUUCUAAGUGGGUAGGACACAUCCCCUCUGACGUCAUGAAAGAAAUGGCCGACAUCGCCCCCAUGCUAGCUCGACUUGGCUACGACCCCCGGGCUAACCCCCCAGAUUACGCACAGCCAGGCCCACUCCUCCAGUCUUUCAACUAUACACAGCUUUCGAGAACAGAAACGCCACACCCCAGUUAGGUGGAUAAGGCAGAAGUCCCUCCUUACUUGUACAUUGUAAAACACCUUGUGUGGUUCCAUGUUCUACAUGCACCUUUUAGCAGACUGUCCUGAAGGAAGAUCCAUCCCCCAAACAUGCAUUUUGAUAUUUGUAGUGAAAUGGAUUUCAGCUUCCAACUGCAUUAAUUGAUUGUAAUACAGAAUGUGUUACUUUCGCUGGAUUUGCUAAAACAAAUACAUAUUUAAUUUCCCAAAAUGUUGGGGAUGAGAGGCAGUGAGGAAGUCCCUAUAGUUCUCAGUCUCUUUACUGAGUCUACGCUGACAGAGACCUCAGUUAACCAAUAUCAGUAUUAUCGUGUAUUAUAGUGUACAUGUGAAUUUGUACCAUUGUUUUUCUGAUGGUAAGAUGAAUAUUUCUGUAAUUUCUCAUCAGCUGAUCAUCAACCUGGGAAUACGUUUUAAAAGGUCCAUGGAGUAAAUAAUGAUGGAAGCAUAACUGUAUAUUUCUAAAGAUGUGAAUUUAUUUUCUUAAUAAAUUAUUUUGUUGUGGGUCAUUCAA